CCUGAUCACAUUAAGAUGAAUCUACCUAAUAAUUCAGAGUUUGCAAGCAUCACAGAACACAUUGAGAAGUGUGCAGACUUAAAGUCUGUGAUACAAGUUCUAUUAGACUUCAGUGAGAAGUGUUUGACUGAAACCUUGUUCUUGAUGGUUUUUUGUGUACAAGUAGGAAACUAUCAAUAAGAAUGGCUGAGAAAGCUCACAGUUUGCAGACAAAUGCAGAGUUAGUCAAAGCUGAUAAGAUUUCUGAGUUUUGUGAUCAAAUCCAACAACACUUUGACCACUGAAAAUACAUUGAAAUGGUCCAAACUUACAGACACUUUUUGGUACAUUGAGCUGAAUUCAAAGCCUACUUGAAACACCAGCUACAGAAGCAUACCCAGUGGACUAGAAUUACUUGCUCAGAAUGUCCAGUGCCUGUUCCAUCUGGCUGGAAACUCAAACAGACUUCAGACAUCAACUUCGAACUCACACCCACAACCGAUUGGCUUGAGUUGGCUGAAGAAGCAGAACACCUCGGAAAGAAGUAUGUCCAGUCUGACAAUUCUCAGUACAAAGUUGUGUAUGAGAACUACCAGAGUCAAGACCACAAGUCGGUUUCGUGUGUCUCAGCUAAAGGCUCCAGCAACUCAUGAGACUCACCUAACAAUUCUGGUGAGAAAUCAGAAUAUUUCUCUUUGGUUUCAGAUAAAGGUGAGAAACCUGUAAGUAAGCAGAGAGUCAUUGGGAAAGGUCCCAAAAUCGCUUACAAGAAACUGAAUAAAUAGAAGUUACUCUUCAAAUGUCAGAGUCAGAGGCAACACAGACGAAGUCAGGAAACAAAAAGAUCAAGAGUUUGAUGCUCCGAUGCACAUGAGGAACCAGUCAUUUCGCGGACUCACUGUCAAAGAAAUGUCAAUUGUUCAGAUGCACACAAAGCCUCAGCUCCAGCUAAAGUCAAAGCAAAGACAACUGAAGUCAAUAUCUAGAAAGAACCUUGAGAUCAAGCCUACCAAGCUCAAAUAUUGUCCUUCUGGCCUUGUCGAUGUGCGUCAGAAAAAGACUGUUGAAGUUAAAGCCAACUCGUUCUUAGGCAAAAGAAUCAGUGAGAGUCUGAACAGAAGCCGCAUUAAGAAGAUAGCGACUCUUCGUGCUGCUGAAAGCAUCAAGUCUUUAUCAGUCAGAAAACAUCAUCUACCCAAAGUAAGGUCAAAACAAAUCGAAGCAAACAUAAACUCAUGAUCUCAAGAUAAACGAAAGCAAGACUUUUUCGUGAAUUCUCACAACUUCAUUCCGGUCACUCACAGUCUUCUCAAAGAAAGUAUCGGUCAAGUCCAACCGAGUUCACAAGGGAUGGGUGAUCGAGCCAAUAUCUGAGUUAUUCGCAACAAAAACAAGGCUGAAGAGCAGAAAUUUUUGAGGGAUUUGUCAGCCUCUGACAAGAAUGAAAGGAACUCAGAUUCGGUGACUCCUGUAAAGCCCAACAACUGAAGCAUUCGCUCGAGUUCGUGGCAGCAAAGCCCAAGCAAGAGGAAUAGCAAACACAAGAAGUCUGAGGAAUCAAAGAGGCCUCAGCAGCUAAGCAUGAACAGAAACUCAGAGGAAGCCCAAUCAAACAACCCUGGUGUUGAUCAGACCCAAUUCCAGAACCAACUUCAGGACAACCAACAGUACUGAAUCCAAGUCUACAACGUAGUCAACACAACCAAGAACAAGAUCAUUCACAUCGGCCAGACCCCAGAUGUCCAGCACUUCGGGGGAGCAGAGAUUUCUCGAAUCAGGCUGUCAAAGCAAAGCAAGGGCUUCUCUUCACACAGAGACUCUCAAAAAGCAGAAUUGCAGUGUUGAGAGAAAGCCAGAUGCAACUCAUCAUGUGUGAUAUUUUAGACUUGCCAAUAACUCAAUAUCCACUCUA